CCAAGUGCAAAACCAGGGAUGGUUUGUGCACGCCAUGCACUGGUCCCGGAAUAGACCUGGGACUCAUGCUCAUGCAAAGCAGAGCUUUAUUUCAGCUGGUGUGUCUUGGAGCCUUGUGCUAUUUGAUUCAGUUGGGAGGGGGGAGGUUUGCGUGUGGAAGAACAACUGCAGGCUGCUCUGUUGGGCACUGCCUCUCCUAAAGCAGAAGCUGAACUCUUUAGCAGUUCUGUAGUAAAGGGAUUGCCAUAGUCUUCAAAUAACUAUGCUGAAAUACAACAGCAAUCGUUCUUACCUUCUUGAUUCAUUUGUUCUGUAUUGUUUUUGAAAGAGUAGUUAAAUCCCAAACACGUUCCAUACAUCCAUUGCUAAUAUUUGAGAAACCUCUGUACUUUAUCCCCAUAUCAUCAUCAUGCUGCAUUAUCACAGAGACAUAGAAUAUCAUGGGUUGUAAGGGACCCAUAAGGAUCAUUGAGUCCAACUCCUGGCUCCAUGCAGGACCACCCAAAAAUCAGACCGUAUGCCUCAGAGCAUUGUCUAAAUGCUCUUGAACUCCAUUUAUAUGCUGCAGGAGAAACCAUGCAGUGCCAAUGAACAGUGACCUGCUCUUAAUUCCCUGUUCACAUUAAGGUGAUAAAGGGGUCUCUUCUGCACAGUGCAGAUAUGGGAACAUGACUGCAUCACACAAACCUGCAAUUUGCUAUUAAACUGAUAAGGGGAAGGUGUCACUUAAAAUACUGACUGCUCUUAGACAGGGGCAUUUGCAUCUCUCAGAACACCAGCUGAAGGACUUUCCUUUUUUUUCUUCUUUUUUUUCCUCUUUUUUUUCCUAGGUGGAACAAUGCUUGAAGCGCCUGUGGAAAAUGAACUUGGUGGGCUGCAUUGAAACCCUGGCAGAACUGAUUCCCAGGAAAAAUAAAGCCGAGGCCCAAGCAGAAUGCUUAGUUCCCAGCCAGCCUAUGCUGGAAACGGUGGCCGUGAAGGUGCUGGGAGGCUGUAAGCUCAUACUGCGUCUGCUAGACUGUUGCUGUAAAGCAUUUCUCUUGUCUGUUAAACAUCUCUGUUCAGAAGAAUUCAUACUUUUGAACACCGUGGCUUCAGGCUUGUUGAGCCGGCUAUGGAUUCAAUACAGGUGUGUACUGCAGAGCCUCAUCUCUCUGUAUGGCGUGCUAUCAACAUCACUUCAUCUCGUGUCUGAGACCCAGCAGAUGCCUUACAUCAAGGGAUUUACCUUUCCUUCUGCUAUCAGUAGCUUUCUUGGAGUUAACCUUUCUUCUGAGGUGAAGAAACAAAAAGCUAAAAUGCUUACAGCAAAAAGACCUACCAGCUGGCUGAAGAAGCUCUUCCCAACCACGUCAGAGGCAGUGUCAAAGGUUGGGAAAAAGAGAGGUUUUGUGACCUCCGCGAGUGCUGUGAAAAACCACAGCAUCCCUGCAGAUGACAUUGGAGAACCCGUUCUGGCAACCAGAGACAGCAGAGGGAACCACCUGUGGUUUGAUGUGAAGAGUUUGCUUAGACCAUCCAGACCUCCAAUACAAGGGGGUAGAUGCAUGACAUCAAAACCUUUUAAAGAAGCAUCAGUGUCACUUUCCUCUUCUGUGGCAAAAUUGCAGCAUGCUGGGCCUCUCGUACAGAUGUUUCGAACAGCUGCAUCUUUUGGUGAGCUGUCGGAGGCACUCAGAAAAGCUAUUCUGUGGUGCAAAGGCAACAAACUCAAAUCAGCAGCUUAUUUUCUGCGCAGCAAGUUGUUGAAAAGCAAUCGGCUGCACCACGUGGAGUCACAAGGAUGCAGCUUGCAGAAGAAACUGUGCUGUGUCAAAACAACGCUCUGUAAAUACCUCCUGUGUGGCUCACAGAACAUGCGCUGGCUAAGGCAGUACCAUGGGGCAUGGUUCUUUCAGAGGAGGGCGAAAUUCUCCAAGUGCUCUAAGAGAAUUCUGAAGACUGUUCAGCAAAAACAUUCUGAGCUUUUUGGGGACCAUGUGAGCAGUGUUUCACCCAUCGUGAGACCUUCAAGUUGGCAAGGAUGUCCCAUCAUUCAUACAGCUUCUGUGAAACAAAGUACAGCAGAGACUCCUCAACAGCUGCCGUUAAAAGAAAGCCCCAAGUCUGUGCACAAAGAUUCUGAGAAUGUGGAUAUUGAUUCUAUUUUUGCAGCAAUGGGUGUCUGAUUCUGGACUGGGAAGAAGAAACAUGUCUUGUUUUUCUAAGUAGAACUCGGAACGCCUCUAAGUGUCUUGGUACCUCAUACACCAACUUCUGCUAACAAAGGAAUAACUAUCUUAUUUUUGUAAAAGUUUUUUUCUUUUCUUUUUUAUGGAACAGCAUUCAAAACAGAUGAGUAAUCUUUAUCCCUUUACCUGGCCUUGUCCAAGGACUGCAUCUUUGAGUUAUUUCCUACUCGGUGCCUUUUCUCUAUUGCUGGGACCACCUGUUAUUUGUGCUGUGCAUUCGACAGCACUAAAUUACCACCCAAGGCAGAAGGCUGCAGCUGAUCACUUGCUGCUGCUCAGGCCUAAAGAUCUGCCCCUUCUCCACAAAGUGUUAUACUCCUCUCUUGCAGUUUGUACAGACAACAGCGUUGACUUUCAGUGUUUUCACUGUUCUACACUUGUUAUCCUUGUCCUGAAAAGAAGUUAAUCAAAUCCUGCUGCUUCAGAAAUAGGGCAAAGCACAGCCAGAGUCUGCAAGAGUAAACCUACCUGUGAACAAGU